AUGGGUGAUCGAUACAAUAUUCAUACCCAGUUAGAACAUUUACAAUCAAAAUAUGUUGGCACAGGCCAUGCUGAUACCACUAAGUGGGAAUGGUUAACAAAUCAACAUAGAGAUAGUUGCGCAUCCUAUCUGGGUCACUUUGACAUGCUUAACUUGUUUGCUAUCUGCGAAAAUGAAUGCAAGGCGAGAGUUCGAUUUAACCUUCUCGAGAAAAUGCUUCAGCCAUGUGGUCCUCCUCCGGAACGUCCUGAGUCAUAG